AUGGCCUCCGACCUCGGGCAACCGUCGCCGGCGAAACGCCCGCCGACGGCGCCCACCACGAUUACCGCUAUCGGCGAAGACCUCCUUUGCGAGAUCUUCCUCCUCCUUCCCUCCCUCCCGAGCCUCGUCCGCGCCGCCCUCGCCUGCCGCACCUUCCUCCACGCCGUCCGUUCGUCCCCCGCCUUCCGCCGCCGAUUCCGGGCACUCCACCCGCCGCAGAUCCUUGGCUUCUUUUGCGACCCGGGCCGCGAAGCCGUCCCUCCCUUCGUCCCCCUCCGCAGCCGCUCCGACCCGGACAUCGCCGCCGCCGUCCGCGGCGCCGAUUUCCUCCUCACCCGGAUCCCAGAAGACAGCGGCGAUUCCACCCUCGGGUGGGAGCUGCAGAGCUUCCACGGCGGCUACGUCGUCCUCGUCAACAACGCCACCGACCAGAUCGCUGCCUACAACCCCCUCACGCAGGCACUGCAUCUCAUCCCCCACCCACCCGAAGAUAUCAUCUUCUCCAUCUCCCCUGAGUUCCACAUCCUCUUGUCGGAAGAGGACCAGAGGGUGUUCCGUAUGGUCUGUGUCCAACACCAGGACACGCCGAGCCUCGCCGUCUUCUCAACCGCGACCAGGGAGUGGCAGGUUUUGCCGUGGGUGGAGACCCCGCCACAACCUGAAGGCGACAUCCGCUUGUUCUACCAUGGCACGCAGCUGAAUGGAUUUGUUUACUGGAAACACGCGAGCCAAGCCUAUGUGCUCGCUCUCAACACCGCGACAAUGCAAUUCUCUAGAGUGAACUUGCCGCAUUUCUUGGCAGAGAUAGAUCAUAUGCUGUUUAGGCUUGGUCAGACCAAGGAUGGGAAGCUCUGUAUGGUUGCAGCAGAUGACUCUGACCCAAAGAUAGGAACGCUUGUUGUUCGUGUCUGGGGAGCCGAUGAUGACGGUGUUGAGAAGUGGAUGCUGGAAGAUACUUUUUCACUGAGUAAAUUUGUUGAUGUCACCAAGUCUUCAACAGAGUAUGAUACCACGGUGCAGAUUGAGGCAUUCGUCGAUGGCUUUCUGUACCUCUGUAUUAAGUAUGGUGAGCAUACCGAGUCUCUGGUAUCCCUCUGCCUGGAAACAGGAAAGCUAAACAAGAUAUUUGAUGAUACAUAUACAAGCCCUGCUCAUCCCUACAUCAUGUCAUGGCCUCCUUCUUUGGUUUGCAACAAGGAGGAUUCACAAACCAAGAUUACUGGAGGCAGUGUUGAGGACGCUGGUUCUGUGGGCACAAAAGAAACUCCCUCUGUUUUAGUCACAGCGCCACAAUCGCACAAAAUUGAUUGA